AAAAAAUCUCUUGGUUAUGAUCAGAACUGCGUUAAACUGCUUUCAAAAUCAUCGCAGUGUGCCAUUGAUUCCUGAUGAGGAUAGAAACUGGAAUGAAUUUGACUGCAAAUGGGGCUGGUUUCUGCAUGGCACCUGUGCAUAAAAUGACAGGUCACUUUUGUAAUCUUAGAAACCUGCGAGUAUCAUCAGACAACAGCAAAAAGUGGCCUUCGCUAUCAGUUGAAGACAAAUUUUAUCCUGCUAAUUCAGUUUUUCUUUUUACCAAUGUGUUAACUUUUUGGUUGUUCUUGGUGGCAAGCUCUUAUUUUCUCCCGUGCAAAAGUGUCAAUACUGUUGGCAGUUGUAGAGAAAGACAUGCAGAGAAAGUUUCUUCAUCUGACAGUAUUGUCUCAAAUGCAAGCAUAAAGAAUGAUGCAACUGCUGCAAGUGAUACGCUUACUAGUUCAGGGUGUUCUCGUAAAAUUUCACACAGCUAUACUGAGCUAUGCACUGAUGCUUACUACGAGAUUUCAGUUUUGGACAAAGCAUGUUACAUGAAUUCUUUACUCAGCCUUGAAGAUGAUGAAUGUGAGUGGCUCUCUGAUUUAAUGCCUUGUGGAAGUUCAUCUGGGGAGCCUUCAACUCCUCUUAGCUAUAAGUGUGACGCUUACUAUGAGAUUUCGGACUUUGAGCAAGGAAGUUUCUUUCAUUCUUUACUCAGUCUUGAUGAUGAAGAUUCUGAAUGGCUCUCAGAUUCGAAGUCUUUUGGACGUUCAUCAGAGGAACCUUCAACGCCUCUUAGCUACAAGUUUGAUGUUGCUUCUGAGAUUUCAGACUUUGAGCAAGGAAGUUACUUUCGUUCUUUACUCAGUCUUGAUGAUGAAGAUUCUGAAUGGCUCUCAGAUUCUAAGUCUUUUGGACGUUCAUCAGAUGAGCCUUCAACUCCUCUUGGCUACAACAGUGAUUCACACUAUUCGAUUUCAGAUUUUGACAAAGCAAGUUACUUGCAUUCUUUACUUAGUCUUGAAGAUGAAGACGCCGAGUGGCUCUCAGAUUCCAAGUCUUUUGGAUGUUUAUCUGAUAACCCUUCAACUCCUUUCAGCUACAAGUUUGAUGUUGCUUCUGAUAUUUCAGAUUUAGACAAAGCUGUUUACAUGCAUUCUUUACUUAAUCUAGUAAAUGAAGACUCUGAAUGUUCAUCCGAGAAUCCUUCAACUCCUUUUAACUGCAAGAUUGAUUUAGCUUCAGAGAUUUCCGAUUUGGACAAAGCAAGGUACUUGCCUUCCGCACUCAUUUUUGAACAUGAUGACUCUGAGUGGCUCUCAGAGUCAAAGCCGUAUGCAUGUUCAUCAGAAAACCUUUCAACUCCUCUCACCAACAAGAGUAAUGCUUUCUCUGAGAUUUCAGAUUUGGACAGAGAAAGUUACAUACAUUCUUUACUCAAUUCUGAAGAUGAAGACUUCGAGUGGUUCUCCAAUUCAAAGUCUUUUGAAUAUUCAUCUGAGAACCCUUCAACUCCUCUUAGAUACAAGAGCGAAAUUUCACAUUUGGACAAAGCAGGUUACUUGCAUUCCUUACUAAGUCUUGAAGAUGACGACUCUGAGUGGCUCUCAGAUUCAAAGCCUCAUGCAUGUUCAUCUGAGAACCUUUCAACACCUCUUAGCUACAGGAGUGACGCUUUCUCUGAGAUUUCAGAUUUGGACAAAGCAAGUUACAUGCAUUCGCUACUCAAUCUUGAAGGUGAAGAGUCCAAGUGGCUCUCAUAUUCGAUAUCUUUUGAAUGCUCAUCUGAGAACCCUUCAACUCCUCUUAGCUACGAGUUUGAUGCUGUUUCUGAUAUUUCAGAUUUGGACAAAGAAUGCCACUUGAACUCUUUACUCAUUCUUGAAGAUGAAAACUCCGACCGGCUCUUAGAUUAUAAUUCAUAUUGCGGAUGUUCAUCUGAGAAUUCAACUCCUCUUAGCUCCAAGUGCGAUUCUUACUAUGAUGUUUCAGAUUUGGACAAAGCAAGUUACUUGGAUUCCUUACUCAUUCUUGAAGAUGAAGACUCUGAGUGGCUCUCAGAUUCAACUAGUUGGGACAUUACAGUUCCUUCUUCAGUCUCUACCGGUAUUUUUUUCCCAGCAGUAAACUUUGGCAACUCAGAAGAUAGCAUUUCAGUGGAGAAUCUACUAGAAACCGCAGGAGUAGAUGCUGAUGAACCACUGUUUUGGCCAUUGGAAGGGAAACUCGCAUGGAAUUCUGAGGAACCCUGGAGCUCAUUUUGUACCUCCCCGAGGAGAAGGUUGGCAUUGAACUCUACACCAACCACUUCAAAGAUAAAGGAAUGUAAUAAACAAAAAGGCGAUGAGGCUCCAUGCAGAGUGAACUGUGAAACUUCAAGGUUAAGCAUGUGGCUUAAAAGUUCAGCAAAGAUAGUACCACUAGAGUAUGAGGAAUUCGAAUCAGCAAAGGACUUUCUUUUGGUGGGAAAGGAGAAUUUGAGUACCAUUGAGACAUUGGUGGGGCUCAAGGAAUUCGAUGGACAUGAGGGGUUUGAUUCUGAAUUCAAUGAUGCUUUUAUGCUACGCGUGUAAUAUCUCCAAUAAUUCCUAACCUUGUGAAGAACAACUGCAACUUACUACAGUAAAUCCUCGUAUCAGAAUACUUACUUAGGCUGUUAACCCACUUACCUGUUUAUAUGAUCUAAUGUUUUUCUGUGUCUUAAUCAAAUAUGUAUUAUCCUAAUUGAAUAGAACAGGUAAUUAGGCACGGUUGUACAUAUAGGUCACAUCAUGUUCCAGCAGAAAUAGUUAGGUUAUUGGCUAAACUUUUGACUAUGCUUAUGUUUAUGCUUAUUUUCACAGUUUCUUCAUUUUGUUUUUGUUUGGUAUCU